UCCCUGCCCUCCUUGUUGUGGGACGUAUAUAAAGCCAUGAAGCCAUUAGACAGCAGAAGCAAGAUGAUGCCUCCAAGUCGGAUUGUCCUGCUGACACUAUGCGCCAUCCUAGCAGGGACAGACGUCACCUCCGGAUACAUAAUUAGAAGACCAGAUGGGCAAUGUCCUCCGUCUGUGCCAGGCAUUCACUGCAUUCCUGCGAAAAAUAUGUGUGAGGACAGCAAUGACUGCGAUUGGAACAUGAAGUGCUGUAGUAACGGAUGCGUAAAAGUGUGCAUGAAUGUCUCGCCAGGUCUCCCUUAUGUCCCCACCGAGCCCCCCUUCUUUGGACCUUUCCAUCCUCCACCUAAACCGCACAUCCCUUUGCCAUACAAACCGCACAUCCCUUUCCCAUACAAACCACCGAACCCCAUUCCAGAGCGACCCCGUCUCCCUCCAAUCUUGUUUCCCCCAAUGGAUCCUUCUCGCUAUGAACCUGAUGACUACAACCUCCCCAUCUUCCCUAGAGACGAUUUCCCAUGAAGACUUUUUUCCCCCAAAGAAAACUGCAAGAAAUGUAUAAAAUGAAUCCGGUCACAGAAUAAAUAAAUGACCAAUUUCUGAC